AUGUGUGUUUUUCGAAAGGCUCGCAACAGAGGCAUUGCCCACAUAACCGACAUCUUCGGGCUUGCCACGACCCAGAGAUCCCUUCUGUCCGCAAGCGGAUCGUCCACUCUUCACGUCCACAACACGUUCGACCCCUCGAUCCCCAUCACACAGUCCAUCAGCGGUGCACACAAGCUAGGCUGCCAUCACAUUUGCACCUCGCGCAAUGGCCUCGUCGCUGCCAGCGCAGGUUUCGCCGGCGAAGUGAAGAUUUGGGUCGUCGACAAGGAUACGAGCGAGUGGAAGCUGCACUCGGAGAUCACAAACCAGGCGGCCAAAGCUGGCGAGGUGUGGGCCAUUGCCCUCAGCGAGGAUGGCAAGUUCCUCGCGGGAACGACCUAUGACGGCCGGGUGAACGUCUGGGACGUUGGUGAAGAGGGAACGCCCAAGAUCAGAGAGUACGAGACUGGCAGUCCGGGCUCGGGAAGUUUUGGCAUGUCGGUCGACCUGAGCCGGGAUGGAAAAUACACUGCCAGUGGUCAUGAGAAUGGUGCUGUCUACGUAUUCAACAACGAUACUGGACGGCUGUUGUUCUCCUUGCCCAGUCUGGUCAAGUCUGUCCGCGCUGUGGCAUUUUCCCCUGGAAACACAAGACUUGCUGCUGCAGGAGAUUCAUCCAUUAUUGCACUCUACGAUAUCAAGAAUGGCGAGCAGGUCGGUAACAUGACAGGCCACGCCUCUUGGAUCACUUCAAUCGACUGGAACGACAGCGGCGAAUAUCUACUCAGUGGCGCUAUGGAUGGCAAGGUCAAGGUAUGGUCUGUUGAGCGCAGCGCCUGUGUCGCGACGCAUAGCGAGACGGACAAGGCAUUAUGGGCUGUCAAGUGGCUCCCGAAGACUGGAAAGAACGAGUCUUUCUGUACGGCGGGUGCCAACAGAAGCAUCUCGUUCUACAGAGAAGCUACUGGAGCAUAG